GUCUGCACUUGUGCUGCAGAUGCUGCUGCAGCGUUCUCGAGCAGCAGGGACAGGGCAGGACUGGCCCGGCACUGCCGUCCUGUGCCUGGAGAACCGCAGGGCCGGAACCAGCCGGGGUGGGUCUCUCGUCAUGGGCCAUUAACCUUCAGUCUUUGUCAUUUCGAAACUCUUCCUGGGUCGGAACUCUGAAAGGCUUUUUCUGCACUGUUGAUGACUCAGGAAACCAGUGUUUUUUAUUCCAAGCCAAGAGAGCCCAGCUGUGAGCUGGAGGAGAGGGAAUCCUGCUCCUGUCACAGGGUUCUGAUUGAGUUCCCGGGUCUCCAGCAUGUGUCAGCAGCCAGGGUUGCACACUUGCCUCGGGAGCAAGAAGCCGCUUGUCCUAAGCAGAAAGGUGUUGCUGCUGAAUGUGCAAUGGGUGAAGAUGUGGAGAAUGAGCUCUGCUGCAGCACUGGGAGUGGGAAGGAGCACCUGAAGUCCCAUAACAGAUCAGAAGCUGUGAAUGUAAAGAAGAAAACCCUACGGUUUCUGGGCCAGUGGACCAGAUCCAAUCCGAAGGUGGCCCUGGCCGUGCUUGUGAUCCUGGUCCCGACUUUGGUGGUGCCCUUGGCUUUACAGUCAGGGGGAAGACAAACAGAAAUUCCAGUUGUUCCUGACACUUCGCAGCUGCUGGCCUGUCCAGAUGGAUGGAUCGGGUACCGCAGGAUCUGCUACUUCCUCUCAAAGGAUCACUGCACCUGGGAUCAGGGUCAGGCUCAAUGCUCUGAGCUCGGGGCCUCCCUGGCUGUGCUCAGGGAUGAGGAAAUGGAGUUCCUCUUUGACCUCAGCAGGAAGGUCUGUCACUGGCUCGGGCUUCGCAGACUGGGAGAGCAGCUUCAGUGGGUGGAUGGCAGCAGCUUCAACUCCUCGGUUCCUGUCCUGGGCAAUGGAGUGUGUGUGUACCUGGCUGAGAAUAAACUCAGGAGCGUAUUCUGCUCAAAUCCAAUGCCCUAUCUCUGCAGCAGACCCCAAACUCACUUGUAACGGGAGUUGGACAAAGCACCUUCUCCACACUGGGCGGUCACAGCUUCACCUCUUCCCUCCCAGCCCUGGGAUGCCCUUCCUCAGCUGCAGCGUCAGCCUUGCACAGACCCUUGGGGUCACCUCAGUGCCUGAUCUUGUGAACAUCUCAGUGUUUGCUCUCAGGGUCACCUUGAUAGUAGAAGGUCUUAAAAUCUUAGAAAAUUUGGGGACUUAGAAAGAAAGUUAGGUUUGGAAAGCCCUGGGAAAAGUAGGCCCUGGGAAAUGUUAGGCCUUGUGCUUGCUAAAGAUCAGGUGAAACUGCGCCUGUGUAAGCAGUAGGUGAUCAUGAUACAAUUGUUAGAUAUGAUUAGAUAUAAUUAUUGUUUAAAGAACAUCAGGAACAAUGU